GUGCAGACACGCAGAUCCAACAUCAGUGUGGGUUUUCAUUCUAAUCUCUUUGAUCUUCAGCUAAUCUCUCUGUUAAAGGCGGGAGUUCAGUUAGGACACGUCAGGUCAGAACAAAACACAUUCAGCCUCUUCCCACAGAAACGACUGCCAAGAUGAUUUUUCUCAAUGGAGAUAUCAUUGUCUGCUAAAAGAAGAUAUGUUGCUGCUGAAGACUUUCGCUCCCUGGUUGCUGUUGGCCUUCCUUGGACAGCAGGUCUCUCUGUCCUCCGGUGCGCGCAAUAAGAACCGAGGAGCGGACAAGAGCGUGACCCCAGCCCCCCCCGGCAGAGCGCAGAGGGGCGGCGGGAACAAGCCUGCAACACGCGGCCGGGGCAAGUUCUCCAUCAAGGACCAGAUGCAGUGCAUGUGGGAGGCAAAAGACGUCGGGGACACGGUUCGGCUGUCGGUAAAAUGCGAGGACCGGAAGGCGCGCAUCAAAGGCGAAGCCAGCGAUCUGCAGUGUAAAUACAACGCCAAACCUCAGAGCUGCCCGGAAUACCAGACCGACCCCAAGGGCUUCUGGAAACAGGUGGCCCGCGCGUUCAAAAGACUGCAAGGCAAAGUGUGCAAGGACGACCGGGCGCUGGUGAGGGCUGGCAUGUGUAAGAGCGCGCCCCGGGAUGCGCACUUCAAGCUGGACAGGUCCUCCGUAGCCUCCGCUCAGUCCGGAGAACCGGAGACUCCCCAGCCGCCGCCAUCUCGCUCCAUCUCCACCGCUGCGGCUCCGUCCGGACCGACAGCCUGCUCAGGGCGCGCGAACCACCGGAAAACGGCUGAGGAGAAUUGCAGCGGCUCGUGGGCCAGUGUGUGCAAUUUCUUUCUAACCAUGUUGCAAAGUGACGACUGUUAGCUUCAGAACUAUGUGGACACGAUCAGACUGGAUACAGGAUUUAAAAUCUUUCAUUUUUAAUCAGUAACAGUCAGAUUUUCUCUCCACAGUGUGCAUUUUACAGAAGUGAGCUGUGGUAUUUUCAACUAUAGGCUACCACAAACACCAGUAGCUAUAUGGCUACUCACGCAGAAGUGGAUAUUAUAAAUAUCAAGUCAUGUAUCACCAGUGGUGGAAAGUAACUACCUGUCUUAAGUACAACAUUGAAGCACUUGCAGGCCUACUUAACUUAGGUAUUUCUACAUUUAUCUGACAGUUGUACUUACUUUUCAGAUUUAAAUGUUGAUCCAAAACAUGUGAUAAGCUGAUAAAAUAUGAUUUAUUGUAGACAAUCCACUGUUGUCUCCACCUUGAUCAACUUACACCAUCAAAAAGCUGCUCACACAUCAAUGUGUAAUAAUAAUCCAAAAAGUUGACAUAGAGUAACAUAACCUUCCAAAAGUGACCAUCCUGUAUAGUGAAUACUUUUACUUUGACACUUGAAAUCUUUUGGAUAUUUUUUCCUGGCUUUUCGACUUUUUAAUAAACCCACAUCAUCACUCCAAGCACCUUUCAAAUUUACAUUUAUGACCACUAAACACAGAUACAAACAUGGAAACCAACCACAAAUUAAUGUUGCCUUGAAGUGCUUUCAAAGAGUUGAAUCUUGGAUUUUGAGAAUUGUUUUAUUAUUAUUAUUUGUAAUAGAGUAUUUGUACAGUGUGGUAUUGUUCUAUUUGACCUGAAUGCUUUAAACCCCACUGUAUUUAUGCACCACAAAUAAAUAUUUUCUAUUUAUA